UACCUACAUACUGGGGAACGGCCCUACACGUGUGGGGAAUGUGGGAAGAGCUUCAGGGACAGCUCCACCCUCCGCACCCACCAGUACCUACACACUGGGGAACGGCCCUAUAAAUGCGGGCAAUGUGGGAAGAGCUUCACAAAGAGCUCCCACCUCCUCAUCCACCAGCGCAUCCACACUGGGGAACGGCCCUACAAAUGCUUGGAAUGUGGGAAGAGGUUUCAGCAAAGCGCACAUCUCCUCCUGCAUGAGCGGACGCACACGGAUGAGAGGCCCUUCCGCUGCACCGACUGCGGGAAGGGCUUCAAGCACAACUCCACCCUCGUCAGGCACCGGCGCGUCCACACCGGGGAGAGGCCCUACAAGUGUGGGGAGUGUGGGAAG